AAGAACUGUUUAUUUGUUAUUCUUAGAGUUUAUUCUACUCAAAUCAUGACGACGUUAGUCAAUUCUAAUUAUGUUUUGUCGGAUUCUAACUACCGAAUUCGACCGGACAUGAAAACUUAUCUCAUGACCGACAACAAUGCUGGUGGACAUUCCGUGAAACAAAUCGAGCAAAGUAGGCGAAUUCGACAGUUGAAAUUUCCUUCUUUAAGAGGCAAACAUGAUUACAGUUCCAUGCAGGAUAGAGAUGCAGCAGGGUUCAGAAAAUACAAUGAUAAUGGAGACCACAGAGUUCCAGCCCCUCACAGAGGUUAUGAUAAUAUUAUUGACCCUACCACAGGAUUUGUCAGUGCUGGAGGAGAUCUAGACAGAGAGACAGGACACAAGAAAAUUGAGACCCUGGUCCAGCUGAAUGAUAAACCCCAAUCCAGUGAACCAAAAACUAAAACGCCUCUUUCACCUGGAAGUGUUCCAGCACCUGGUUUACAUAGAUCAGUCACCUACCAUCCAGGAGCACCUAGUAAAUGGAACAGUCGGAAGAUAUCAGAUUCUUGGAUUAGAGCACAACUUGGAGGUUGGACUAGUGAUCAGAAUCCAUUGAAAAAUCCUUCAGCAGAAAAAGUUGCACAGAGUAUGUUUGUAGAAAAACAGCCAACUGAAUUAAGUAAAGGGCCCAGGGAUGAGCUAGCCAGAAAAUUUAUGUACAGUUCUUCAACCCAGAGGUUUUAUGAAGAUGUGGACUGGGACAAUAUGUUAAAUGAUAAACCAUGGCCACAUAAAACAACUUUAGAAUUACGUCCUGAUAUGGUCUCACACAGAUUCUCCACUAAAAAGUAUGAACCUAAAGCUCAGGAGUGGCAGGCUGUUGGUAAAUCUUGGGAUAGGUUUCAGAAACGAAGUGGAUACUAUGAAAACAGACCUGUUACAUUCUGUUGUCCUAGUUCUAGAACCAAACAAAUACCAUCUUAUGGAGGUUCUAUUGGAGCUGUUAAUUUAGAAGAAAUAGAUAAUGCUAACAUUCCAUUUGACCCACUGACAGUAAAACGUGUUCCUAUACCUCGACCAACAGAUACUUCACAUACACCUAAUAUUCCUGGUUAUGAGGGUUGUACAUUAUAUAGAGGUCGUUAUGAACCAGCUAAUUCAACUCCCAUUAAUUCUACCAUGAAUCAGGCUUCAACAGCCUUGGUACACAGAACUAUACAGAGUAUUCCAUCUUCAGCUAUAAAUAAAAGAGAAUCGGCCAUGUCUAAGAUGGUGACCCUGGUUCCUCCCUGUAACCCUUUUAAAUCCUCUAUGAAAGAGGGUGUGGUGACAGUCGCUUAAAAACAGAAGUCUAAACACAGCUUACUCUGUUUAAAAAUUUAAAUAUAAAUGAAUCUGAAUUUUCUAUCUUUCUUUCACUUUUGAUUGUAUGUGUAUAGGUCUUCUUAGCAACAUUUUUGAGAAUUUUCUAAAAAUCUUCCUAGUUACCAUGCCUUACCUUCAAUGUCAAAAAUUAUAUUGCCAGGGGCAGUGCCUUGAAAGGUUGGCAAAGAUCUGACCAAAGAGCAUUAAUAUGCAUCAGGUACUACCUGGCCUUUUCUUAUUUGAUACUUUUUAAAUAUUUGUUAUUCAACAUUGUAAUUUACCUAUGUCGACUGCGAUUAACAGUUAUGUUGUAUGAUAGGCCUGUGAUUAUUGCUAAUAAAUGGUUACCAAUGUAUAUAUUUUGACCUGUGAUUAUAUAUAUAUAUCUAUUUAUAAUAUAUCUACCAGCAUUAUUACUGUUAUUUGAUAUCAAUGUGUACUAUUUAUAAUAUUAUUGUAAAUAUUACAUACCCUAUUAAUAAUAUACACUUACUGGUACCAAAUAUUACAGUUCUUUAAUAUGUGUUUUUAGUUUUUCUGAUCAUUUUAUUCCCAUUUAUGGCUAUUGAACCAUAUUUCAAAUCAGAAUAUGUAUGUACUGAUGAUAGAAAAUUAAAGAGUUGCAGAUGUCUUG